UCAUAGAGCCUCAGCAUUGCAUCCAUGUUGCUUAAUGUAUAUUGGUUGCUGGAGUUUUACUGCAAUAACUUGCUCUUCCAGACCGGGAGAUCGGGUAACUGACGGGAUAUCUGGGAUCAGACAAUGAUCGGGAGAUCGUUCUUCCUCCUCUCCCUUCUCCAAGCCGUGAUGUCGGGAGAGUGGAGUGCGGACACUCCCGGAGCUGUGACAGCGCAGAAUGGUUUGUGUGCACGGAUUCCGUGUCACUACACGUACCCGUCGAUCCUGAACAAUAAACCAUGGACUGGAAUCUUGUUUAACAGUGAGUCGCACAAAGGUCCUGUAGCCUUCCACUCCAAGAAUCCCAGUCUAGCAUCAACAAAGUUUCAGCAUCGGACCCGGCUGUCAGGAAUCCUGAGAGACAACGACUGUUCCCUGGUUAUAGACAACGUCACACAGCAAGAUGCAGGUCCUUAUUUUUUCAGAGUUGAAUUCGGAGAGAAAAAGCUUUGCAACUACCACCCUGUAACACAGCUCAGUGUUACUGAUUUCACGGAUAAACCCACGAUAUUCGCUGCUGAAUUGGUGGCAGGAAAGCCUGUGAACAUGACCUGCUCCUUCAGCACCACGUGUGAUGGAACGGCCCCCACCUUAACCUGGGUCACCCCCGCUGAUGAACCACCGUCAGCCUCACACAGCGUAAGUCAGCAGGGUGACACUCUGACAUAUACUUCUGUUCUGUCCCUGACCCCAGCGCUCAAACAUCACGGGCAAAACCUCACCUGCAGAGUCACAUACCCAACUGUGUCAUCGGAGCAGACCCUCCCACUGACUGUGGAAUGUAAGUACGGAGAUCGUUUAUUGUGCAGGAACAGCAAUAAUCUAUUAGCAGUGCUGACGCCGCCCAGAAUCUCUCAAUCACUUCCCCCGACAAUGUGA